CAGCCCUUCACCUUGACCAGACAAGAAGGUUAAGGGAUUGAGAGUCAAAGGAUGAUCCACCAUGUGCGCGCAGGGAUUCUGUCCAUUGCCUCUCCGAUGCCAUGCCCGACUCCGAAGUCCUCAUUCACAUCUCCGCCCCCGGGACCGUCCGUGACGAUGCACGCUAUCGGGCUCAAGUCGAGGCCAUCCUCGCAUUCCAGGCCUCCACCCGCCAAGUGAUCACCUUGCGAUUGGACAAUGAUCAUACCGAUGAGGUGAAUACUGCCGACAGUACACAACCGACCGCCUCGUCGGCGGCGGCAGUAGGAUCGGCCGCGAGCACCAAUGGUGGUGAGGCUGAUGAUGAUAAUCGAGAGCUUCACACUAGCCCUUCGCAUAUACCUCAUCGGCAACCAGAAACAAUACCAGCCUGGGCCGGGCCCUUUUCACCUGGCCAAAGAACCCACCACGUCGCCGACUCUCUCGGAACCCCCAUUAGUGUGGUUCCAGACUCGCAACCCGAACAAGUUCGGCAGGAUAUCCUCGCCUUGCAAGAGAUCAAUUCUCCCGUCCCUGCCACCGUACACGCUCACAGAUCGUCGCCACCUACAACCGAUGUACAUACAGCGAAGCAAAGCGGGGUAAACUCUCCAAUACCGGAGAGAAAAGAGUAUACCAGCUCUCCGGACCGCGUCCGACAUGAAGCUCCGCCCGUGCGACCACAGCCCGAUCACACCCUGCAGGAGACAGAGUCUCCUGUAUCUACAUCGCGUCGCAAAUAUAAUCUACCCCCAAUAGCAGAAAUUCCCCCAGCGAAGCGGAACCGAGUCAGUCCGCCUGAUCUACCUGGAAAACAGGGAGAAGACGAACCUUUGCGCGGAAUCCAAAACAAACCAAGUCACAAUCAAUCAUUGCAUGAACACGCAAAAUCCACACCACCCGGCCCUAAUCUUUCUUUUGCACUUGAUAGCCCUUGCCAAGACACGCCCUCUACGAAAAAUGCCCUAGUAAUGACGCCCCUCAAAAUCCACCCGCCAUUGCCCCCAGUCUCCAGAUUACUUUUCAAAACCCACAUCACGCCAACCCUCGCGAUGCUAGCCACACGUCUCCGCUCAGGACGAACGUAUACCCCCGUCAGACAAGCCCGAGAUCUGGACCCUCUCGAACGAGGAUACUGGUUCCUCCACAUUACUCUCGUUCCAUCCGAAUCCGCGCCAUCACAAGCUGUACCCCACGGCAAUCCCAUCAACACCAGUACAACCUGGGACCUCUCCGUCUUCACCCGCUUCUGGACCUUUCUGUCUGAUUUCAUCAACAAGGAGGGUCGUGCAGGUUGGGGCGUGUGGUGCAUUCUCGAGGAUGCGCAGCCACCAAGCCAACUGCAACCACCCAAACCAUCAACCACCGAUCCUCUCCAGUCACUGUCCGGUGCAGCGGCGGUAGAAACGCAGCGCUUGACGCUCAAAAUCUACGCGUGGGGGGAGAUUGCCUCGCACAUAUACCUGCUCUUGUUUCUGGCUAGUGAGCGACGGAUCCGACGGAUGGGGGCGCAGUGGCGCGACGGAGGUGAUGAGGUUAUCAUAGAGAUGCCGUAGCUUCCCACAUGGUACAGUACAUACUGUAGCAGAUCUGGCCAGGGAAUGGUACUUUCUUGGACUAGUUGGCUACGUUGGCUACCCACCUACUUCCAGUAUAUAGAUUCUUUCACUCAAUACCCAAUCUUAGUUAACAUUCGUUUUAAUCCAAG